AUGCUUUCAGAUACUUCCUUCCGAGAUACUGUAUUGCUCUCUUCUCAUACCAACAUUCUUCAACUCAACAAUUUAGGAGCUGAAUGUUUACAACAAGGUGAACUCGAGAGUGCCAUCUCACAUUUCACUCAAGCUCUGCAACUCGUUGAACACGAAUUAUUAACAAUGACCAACUCUCCUCCGAAAACGAAAGAACCGUUGAAAGAUUAUGAAUCCGAGAGAUUGUCCUCAUUGAAAUCUCUGGCUGCUACUUGUCAUUGUAAUCUUGGAAGUGUCUAUUUAAAUUCGCAACACAUCACUCUUGCUUUGGACCAUUACAACAAGGCACUCGAAUUAAAACCUGAUUAUUCUGAAGCGUAUGGAAAUCGUGGAUUAAUUUAUUUUCGAAUGUUAGGAGAUCACGUGAAUGUUUACAAUCGAGGAUGUGUGUGGCGUCGAUUGGGAGAAUACGAAAAGGCAAUUUUGGAUUUUACAACAGCCAUGGAACAUGAGGGAAAUUCUUCACCUCAGCAUGCUUGGUUACUGCGUGCUGGAACUUAUUUGGAUAUGAAUUUGUAUGAACAGGCCAUUCAAGAUUGUGAUGGAAUUAUUGAGAAAUUUAAAACUAUGGAAAAAGAGAGUGAACAACAAAAUUUUGACAUUGUGUCAGUUAUUACGGUACGAGGAAAGGCACUGUUUGCGAGUGAGCAAUUUUUGAAUGCUUUGGACGAUUUCGAACGUGUUGUGAAAAUGGAUCCAGAAAAUGUUACGGCAUGGACAUAUUUAUCUAAAUUAUACCAACAAGCUCACUAUUUCGAUUUGGCAUUUGACGUCUUGUGUAAAAUUUCCCAAUUAGAAGGAGGUGCCUCUUUACAAAAUUUGCAUGAACGUGCCAUUUGUUUGCAACAAUUGAAACAAUUCGACGAGGCUAUUCGAUAUUUCAAUUCUCUACUCGAAUAUUGUCAGAAAAUUAUGUUGCAAGAGAAUUCGGAAGAAAUGAAACAUCUUUAUGAAAUGGUGUUGUAUCGAAGAGGAUGUUGUUUUAUUGAAACAGGAAAUCAUGAAUUGGCUUUGAAGGAUUUUGAAAAAGUCUUGAUGAGGGAAACCAACAUGGAAAAUUUGUAUCCAUCAAGAAAUGGAGAAGAAUGGAGAGAACAAGCUUUGAAAAUGAAGAUGGAAUGUGAAAAGCAAUUGAGGUUGAAUGAAAGUGAAAAGCCAUGA